AUGAGGAGCAGCUGGAGCGGCAAAAGCAGGAGCAGCUGGAGCGGCAAAAGCAGGAGCAGCUGGAGCGGCAAAAGCAGGAGCAGCAGGAGCAGGAGCAGCUGGUGGCAAAGCAGGAGCAGCUGGAGUGGCAAAGCAGGAGCAGCUGGAGCGGAGCAGCUGGAGCGGCAAAAGCAGGAGCAGCUGGAGUGGCAAAAGCAGGAGCAGCUGGAGUGGCAAAAGCAGGAGCAGCUGGAGUGGCAAAAGCAGGAGCAGCUGGAGCGGCAAAAGCAGGAGCAGCUGGAGCGGCAAAAGCAGGAGCAGCUGGAGCGGCAAAAGCAGGAGCAGCUGGAGCGGCAAAAGCAGGAGCAGCUGGAGCGGCAAAAGCAGGAGCAGCUGGAGCGGCAAAAGCAGGAGCAGCUGGAGCGGCAAAAGGAGGAGCAGCUGGAGCGGCAAAAGCAGGAGCAGCUGGAGCGGCAAAAGCAGGAGCAGCUGGAGCGGCAAAAGCAGGAGCAGGAGGAGCGGCAAAAGCAGGAGCAGCUGGAGCGGCAAAAGCGCACGCACAUGCACACGCACACAGGCUUCAGUUUGUCUACAUGA